AUGACCAGUUCACAAAUCGGCAGACUUUGGGAUAGUUCAGCAGUGGAUUUCGCUAUAGCGGAUGCGGCCGGCCGUUCGGGAGGUUUGAUUUCAUUGUGGAAUCCAUCUAUUUUUAAUGUGAAUUUGAGAAUUAUAAAACAAAAUUUUAUCAUUGUGGGUGGAAAAAUCACUAGACUAGAUGGGGAAUUCUUCAUAGUGAAUGUUUAUGCCCCCAAUAAUGAAUGUAAAAGAAAACAUUUGUGGCUUGAAUUGCUGGAAGUGAGGGAAUCGUUCGAUGGAUUUUUUGUCUUCCUUGGAGACUUCAACGAGGUGCGGACACAGGAAGAUAGGUUAAACUCCGUCUUUAACCCGAAUAACGCCUUGGUUUUUAAGAACUUCAUAAGAUCGGCGGGCCUGUCGGAGUACAACAUGGGAGGUGCAAAAUUCACUUAUAUUAAGCUGGAUGGGUCGAAACAAAGCAAGCUUGACAAAAUUCUAGUUUGUGACGGAUUCAUGGAUAAAUGGCCAAAUGCUAGAUUAACGGCCGUUUUGAGAGAAAAAUUGGACCACAGACCCGUCAUCCCUCAGGUAAAUUUCGAUGACUUCGGCCCAAUUCCUUUCCGGUUCUUCAAUACCUGGCUCCAAGACUCGGAGCUGGCCGAGGUGGUUAAGUUGCAAUUAUCCAGCAGACAAAAGCUUCACACACAUGGGCUUUCUUUGGCUGAAUGUCUUAAAAGGCUCAAGGAAAGAAUUAAAGAAUGGAGAAGGAAGAAAAAAGAGGCGGAAAAUAAACUGAUCGUUGAAUCUAGAACAUUAAUUGACGACUUGGAAAUAAAAGCUGAGUCAGGGCCGCUAAAUGAGGAGGAUAAAAAGAAAAGAUUUGAGGCAAUAGAUUUUAUUGUUGACUAG